CUGGAGCCGCUCUGUUCUGUAUAUACUUCGAUACAAAGGCCACUAGAACCCUAUACACAGUGCUGGGAAAGUAAGGGGCCUGAGAGAGUGUUCAUGAGAGGUCGGGGGAACUUCCUGAACUCAUUAAAUGUCGGCUGUGUGAGAGCGCAGGGCAGGUGUAAAUGUGAGUAGGGGAUCAGAGUGCAGCCCACAAAUACACACUGAGAGGAAUACAAAGUAUAAUGAAUCUGUGGGAGAAUCGCUUGCCAUACAAUGUCCGGUCAGUUUCUGCUCCAAAGAACUCCCAGUUGUGAGUUGGUGCAAGUUUGUAGGGGAAACCUGUGAGUCUCUCAGCGCGGGGCCGGGGCGGCUCAUGGAAUGGACGGGCCGGAAGGAAAAUACGGCCGUUUACUUACUAACGUUUGUAGGGGCCCAACUGAAUGACACUGGGUAUUAUCGCUGCACUUUAACCACCCAGUCAGUGAACACUGUGGGCCGUACAGUGAUGGUCAAAAUCACUGGCCAUAAGGAAAGGACGACUGCCCAGCUGCCCAGUACAACCCAUACAAGGGGCGGCUGCUCCGGAGUUGAAGGCAGCACCAGGCUCGGCUACUGGGUGAUAUUGCUGAGAAUCCUCAUAGUAAUUGGGGCCAGCUCACUGCUGUUUUAUUGCCUGGGUACAAUAACCGCAAACAGAAGAUUUUCAAAGACUCUGCGAAGGGAAAACGUUACAGGUAUCAAUGCCUCCAAAACGCCACCAAUAAGUGCUGUAGAGCCUCCGUUGGACAUUGGAUCUCUGCACACUCCGGGCCCGGCCUCAGCCAAUGAAAUCACCUAUAAUAACAUUACGGCGGAGGAAACAUGCAGCUCUGUGGAAGAUUCCAACGACAAAGAACAAAACCAAACUGCAUAGAAUACAUUUUUGUAGCUAGAAAAAUAAAUGUUUAUAUGACUUAUGGAUAAAGGACCCAUUUAGCUUCUUUUGUAUCUGUACUUACAAAAUAAAAGUAAAUAAAUAAAUGAAUAAAAAUCAGUUCCAUGAUAAACAAUUAGAACUCAAGAGAUAAAUUAAGAUACACAGGUGGAAUAAGGACUCUGCCCCAGUGAGCUUACACUCUAAGUAGGUAGGUAACUUACAGACACAUAGGGGGGUCAGGACACUGGCCCACCAAUGCCAGGACAGAAUUAAAUGCUGUUGCAGUCAGACAGUUUGCAAUUGGUCUUCAUUUUUUAUGGGUUUUUUUAUUUU